AUGCCGUCGAGCGAGCAGCUCCCUCUCGUCCCGCAGGACUCGCUCCAGCAGCAGCUGUCGAGCUACCACGAGCAACAGCGUGCGCGUCAGCAGCUUCAGUAUCGCUCCAAGUGUCUGGGACGUGUCAUCGUGGGAUUUGUGGCCGCGUCGCUUAUCUCACUGUUCCUAGGCGCGCUCGUGUGGCCUGCACCGGUCCACUACGAGCGGACGCUCGACUGGAAGUCGAUACUGGACGCGCACGACUUCUCUGGCGUCGUGAGGCUGAGUACUAAUGGACAGAAGAUAUUUCAGAUGGCUAAGGGGCUUGCUAAUGUGCCAUUCAUGCAGCCAAUGGAGGAGCAGAGCGUGUUCUCAAUGGGGACACACGUGCAGCUACUGGUGGCAGUUGCAAUGCUGCAAUUGCAAGAGAGAGGACUUGUGGAUCUUCGACAGUCAGUGAGCACGUACUGGGAUCAGGACGAUUGGCGAAAGUUUGGCCUUGACACGAACCGCACAACGUGGUGCCCGACCGUUGCGAACGAGACAGCGUGUCAAGUUGUGACGUAUCACGACUUGCUCUAUAUGGGCUCUGGUUUUGAGACUCAGGAAAGAGAUAAGCCGCUGCAGACGAUGAUGUCGUUUGCAACGCAAGUGGGGACGUUUAUUGAUCAGCCGCUGGCAUUCAAGCCAGGAACGAGCUUCAAGUAUGCGGAUGAGAACUACGUGCUGCUGGCUUUUAUGGUGGAGAAGCUCAGUGGCGUGACUCUGAAGCAAUACUUGACCAGAUAUAUAUUUGACCCACUACUGCUGACAAGUACGACGUUUGUUGCCUUUGGCGGAGCCGUGGACGUAAAACGCUCUCCAGUGAACCAGUAUGUGCAGUUCUAUGCGUAUCGACAGGCUGCUGUCGGUGAGCGUGAACAUGUGAGUGGCAACAGAAGCAGUAACAGUUCAAGUGGAUUUGGUGUCGUCUCAGGAAAGCACUUGAGCUAUAUGAGCACGGGUUCUUGUGCAAUCUACAAAGGGCUCGAGAACAGUCUUUACGGGCUGCAAUCCACGGCUGAAGACAUGCACGAGAUAUACACCGACCUCUUUCACGAACAAGGUCGACAUUCCAAGCUGCUGAAGACACACUCGGUUGCGUUAAUGGUGCGAACUCGGAAUCCAGCAUACCCAGCGUUUGGUCUGGGGAUUGGCGUCGACUUUGAGAAGCAGCCAAGAGAAGCUGCACGGGAGAGCAACUGGCCCGCAAAGAUCACAUUCUGUGGAAGUACGACAUGCUCGAGGACGUGUAUGGCGAUGCAGAUGCCUGUUACUAACCUGUCUAUCGUUGCAAGUGCCUUCACAAAUAAUGUGCGCCUGUACUUUACAAGUAUCGACGCGUUUCACGCGUUCGAGCCGCGAGACUUCAUACAAAAGCAGGUGCCCACGACCGAGAAAAGCGCGUUCGAGAUGAACGACGGUGCAGCCAAUGCGGUAGCGUGGAGCUUGUUGCAGUUUUUUUCUCUUGUCUCCGCAACGUCUGACAACUGA